AUGAUGGAUUCGACAAGCAAGUGUCGAUUUCAGCAGGAACGCUCUCUCUGGUUCGCAUUGUCAAGACUUUGCGCUAAGGCCGAGACCAAAAAGAAAGAAAGCAUGACUGCUCCUCUACGACACCUUCGACGAACUUAA